UUGAAGCUUGUAAAGGAAAGGCAUUAAGAUUCAGUUCUCUCCAAAAAUGACCUCAAUUUUGUGCUUAAAUCAAGAUUGCUUGAAUAAUAUUUUCAAAUACUUCACGAUUUAUGAGCUCAUCGAUAUCGAAGAGACAUGCAGUGCAUUUAAGGUAACAUGUGAAGAAAUAUACAGCACCAAGAAAUUCCAUUCGUAUAGAAUUGAAUUGAGAUACUUGAGGGCGGAAUAUCUUGAUGCAAUUUUCGAGAGAAUUGGAGAUACGCUAAGAUCUUUUGAGUUCUCGGGCGGAGGAAUUAUGGAUGAAGGAAUUAAACAGACAGUCAUUGAUGCCGUAUCAAAUAAUUGCAUGAAAUUAAAUAAGCUAUCACUUAAUUAUCUCCAUUUUGACAACAAUCAAUUCCGGGAACUACAAAAGUGCUUUACUAAUCUUACAUAUCUUGAUUUGUCACGAUGUAAUAUUAGCGAAUCGCGUAUAGACUGCCUGGAUGGAGAAAAAUUUAAAAAUAUUAAAACACUAAAGCUUGCUGGAAAUGUGCAAAUGAGCGGAGCAUUUUUUAAAAGUAUGAAGCAUGUCGAGAAACUGGAUGCAACUUAUUGCUAUGAAUUACGAUAUUUUGAGUUUCAGCAGUUCCUUAAAAAUUGCAUAAACUUGAUUGAACUGGAUGUUUCAGCUAGCUGUCAAGUCAUACCUGAAGAUCAGGAUAUUUUAGAGCAAAUAUUGCAGUACCAGCCAAAUAUUGAGAGACUUAUCAUGAACGGCGUUGGAAUUGAAAGAAACAAAGAGAUUCUGUCCAAGUUUAAGCAUUUAAAACAUUCGAGUAUUACUGGAAGGAAAUUUGGAACAUAGGACAGGAUCAAUCUGAAGUGGGGUUAUCUCUAGGAACAAUUAUUUUUGGAAUCUGAGAGAAACAAUUGCCAAUAAAAAAAUCUAGUAAAAUCCUAGAAGUGAAAAUCGCUGAUUUUUGUUAAACCUUGGAAAAAACAUCACUUCAGAUUGCCAAGUGCUGAAAAUAAAAUUUUAAUACUAUAAAUUCUUAUGAAUAAAUCACAAUUAAAGCUUUUAUUGCCUAGAAAAUAAAUUUUCAUU